AUGUCAAAUCAAAUAGACAAUCUCAGCUUAUCAUUCAACGAGAUCUUAUUAAACGUUGGUACAUUAUUUGAUGAAUUAGUUUCAGAUAAAACAACAAAUUUAGUACUACCCAAUAAUAAUAAAAAAUCAAAUAAAUUAAAUGAUUCAAUUAAACAAUUUGAUAAAAAUUUAGAUGAUAUACUUAUACAAUUAAAUGAUAUUUCAUUAUUUGAUAGGAAAUUAAAACAAACAAAAUUAGAAAAAGAACAAGCAAAAUUAAAUAAUAAUAAUACCACAGAUACACAAGAGAAACAAAUAGAACCAAUACCACAACAACAAUCACAAUCACAACCACAAGAACAACAGCAACAACCCACAGAUUUAAAUAAUAAUUUCAAUAAUAAUGAAAAUGACGAAAAUAUUCUGGAUGAUAUAAAUAUGUUUUUAUCAACAGUUCCAGAUGGUAAUGAUCAAAAUUUAAAUGGAGAAUUUAAUGAUAAUAUUCAAGAUUUAUUAAUGGAAAAUGAUCCAUAUGGUGGUGGAAGUAUUGGUGAUGUUCAAGGUAAUGAUGGAGAAAAUUCAAAUUUAAAUUUUCAAGAUUUUAAUAAUGAUAAUAAUGGUAAUGAUAAUAUGGGGAAUAAUGGAAUGGAAUUUGAGAAUAAUAUAUUUGAUGAAAUUGAUUCAAUGCUGAAUAUAUAA